GCGGCCGCCUCCCGCCAGCUCGCUCCGGGGAAAGAGAACGCGCGCGAGCUCGGGCGUCCCCGCCCCAGCCCUUCCCGGAGCCAUGAAUCCCAACUGCGCCCGGUGCGGCAAGAUCGUGUACCCCACGGAGAAGGUGAACUGUCUGGAUAAGUUCUGGCACAAAGCAUGCUUCCACUGCGAGACCUGCAAGAUGACACUCAACAUGAAGAACUACAAGGGCUACGAGAAGACCCCCUAUUGCAACGCACACUACCCCAAGCAGUCCUUCACCAUGGUGGCUGACACCCCGGAAAACCUCCGCCUCAAGCAACAGAGCGAGCUCCAGAGUCAGGUGCGCUACAAGGAGGAGUUUGAGAAGAACAAGGGCAAGGGCUUCAGCGUGGUGGCAGACACACCCGAACUCCAGAGAAUCAAGAAGACCCAGGACCAGAUCAGUAACAUAAAAUACCACGAGGAGUUUGAGAAGAGCCGCAUGGGCCCCAGCGGGGGCGAGGGCCUGGAGCCUGAGCGCCGAGAUGCCCAGGAACGGCAGCAGCUGCCCCACCACAUCCCAGCCAGCGCCCCGGUUUACCAGCAGCCCCAGCCACAGCAGGUGGCUCAGUCCUAUGGUGGUUACAAGGAGCCUGCGGCCCCGGUCUCCAUACCACGCAGUGCCCCAGGCGGGGGCGGGAAGCGGUACCGCGCUGUAUAUGACUACAGCGCUGCCGAUGAGGACGAAGUCUCCUUCCAGGACGGGGACACCAUCGUCAACGUGCAGCAGAUCGACGACGGCUGGAUGUAUGGGACCGUGGAGCGCACCGGCGACACGGGGAUGCUGCCGGCCAACUACGUGGAGGCCAUCUGAGCCCCCGGCCCCGCCCCGCCCCCGGCCGUCUUCAGUGCAUUCCACGCCAUUGCAUCUGUCCUCGGCGGACCUGUCCACCCUUCAGUGUCUCUGUUUUUUUAAAUCUGCGACAGCUUGUUUAUUCCCACCCUCCUCCAGCUUCUCUUGCCAACUGAAGCCUUGUUCUGCCACUUUUGCGGGCUCUUCCUCUGGCACGUUUUCCCCUUGACCAACUUCUCGGUUUUCUCUCUGGACGGAACAGGUGUGGAGCUCUGGGGGGGAAGUGGGGGCUGAGGCCCGGGGAGCUGGUCCAGGAUUGGAGACCCGUUGGCUCCCAGGCCUCUGCCUUCUCUCUUUCCUGCCCCCUCAGACCUUCCUGCCCCUCCUCACACACCCCAACUUUCCAGGACUCCCAGGGGAGGGGCUCUGUGCAUUCCCAGAUGGGACCCUACCACCCUCGCCCCUGGGAGGGGCUUUGCCUCUGCUUCUCAAAGACAGGGCUGCCGGCCCUCCGAGGGGGCCCCUCACCACCCUCUCCCACUCUCAAGGACCACAGAGGAGGGUAGAGUUCCCGCGUUGGGAUUCAUUUGUCCCUCCCCACAUGUGUUCCUUCUCACACUGUGAUUUCGCUCUCCUGCCCACACAGAGCGGUGUGGGCGAGGAGCUCCCCAGGAAGCACGGCUUGAGUCAAGUGCUCUCGCCUUUCUUACUUUUAGGGACGGCUGCAGGAAGGAGGGGAACGGGGUGUUAUCUCCCACAGCCCCUUUCCUUCCUCCUCUCCCCAGUCCCCAGGCGCCCCGGCUGUCUCCUGAACCACGAGCCAGCCCCCCUGAGCUCUGGGUUAGGUGGGCCACACCCCCCUCCUCCCCAUGGGAAGAUGUCUCAGGCCUCCCACAGCCGCCCCUCCUCGGCCCACAGCCAAGUGGACUGGAACUGUGCAAAGCCACAGGACCUCUCUGUCUCCAGGACUCCGCAUGUGGGGAAGGAGCUUGUCUGUAUCUGUGACAGGCUAGUGGCAAUGAAGCAGUCAGGGUCCAGGCCUGUGGGAGUCUCUGGGAGGGCCCCAGGGGAGAGACGUCCCUUGUGGUUUCUUUGGUGUGAAAAUUCCUCCUUUCCUUCGAUUGCCAAACGGCGGAAGCCCACCCACCCCCCUUCCAGUGUGCCGGGCAGAGGUAAAGGGGGGUGGUUGUAGAGUGGGUGGGGCUGAUGUUGGGGCCCACAGCUUGCUGGGGUGAGGGUGGGGGCAGGCUUCGUGGCUCUAGGCCUAUUCUUUCCCUCCCAAAUCAGUGCCCCGGGCUUCAGAGGAGGGCAUCAGACCACCCUGUGUCACCCACACUGGGGGUGCCUCACUGCUCCCCGGCCUCCCCCUCGCUAACCUCAGUCCCCUUGAAGCAGAAGGAGAAGGUCCCAGGGCUUCAAAACUGGAAGCACAGACCCCGGGAUGAGGAAGGGAAAGAUGGUGCUAUCUCCAAGUCCCUUCUCGCUCGUUGGCAGCUGUGACGACCCUUGCUUGGCUUUAUUCAUCUCUGGGCUCUCUCAACACCCCUCUGGGCCUCCCCCUCCUGUCUUCACCUCAGGCUCCCCAGUUGCCGUGUUUGCCUCCUUGUCCCUUCAGGGGAGGGGGGGCACCCUGCAGGCAAAUCUCAGCAGUCAGGUCCUCACUGCUUGGGGGUUGAUGGAAUAUUUUCCCCAAAUCAGAAGGAUGGAGAAAGGACUGUUGGCGGGGGCGGGGGAGCCCCCUGCCCGACCCAUCUCCCUCCUCUGGCCCCGGCCGAGGUGAAGGCAGGUGGAGGGUCUUUAUUGUUGGACGGUUUGGGGGAUGAGGGAGGCAGAAAGGAAACAGUUUGGGGAGCUUUGGGGAGGCAGCAGUCCACUACCUUUCCUCUUGAUCUCAAAGCACAGCUUGGAUUUGGGGACCAAAGGUCAGAGACGGCUCUUGUGGGAGGAUCUGCUGGGAGUGCGGAGAGUGAUGGGAGGAAAGCCUAGAGGAGCAGGAAGCGGCCUGUUUUCCCUUCGCUUUGUUCUCUUCGAGAACAAGGCAGGCCAGCCACUGGGACCUUGCUGCCGGCCCCUCUGCUGCUCCCAUCCUAAAAACGGGGCUUUUUCUUAUACACCCCCAGAGAGAAGGACUGUCACACUGGUGCUGAGGGACCCAGGGGCUGCUAGGCAUCCUUGCUUCUUUCCAGAACCAUCCAACCCUACAAGAGCACAGAACCAAGGGUUGGGCCGAGUCCCUGGCCUUUUCAUACAGUUCGCAAAGGUCUUUGGCCAGUCUAAUCCCAGGAAAGAUGAUGCAUCAAAGCUAGAAUGUGAAUAUAACUUCAGUGGACCAAUAAGAAAAUACAAGAAGCCCAGUGGUGAGAAAAGUGAAUUCUGUCACACUGCUUCCUAUUUUCUUCCUCAUGUCCCUCCAGGGAAAAUGACCUUACUGCUUCAUUUCUGCCUUUUUCCUCUCACAUACGCACUUUUGGGCCUUUUUUUUUUUUUUUUAAUAGCUGGAAAAAAAAACCACCACCCCACAAACCUGUAUUUAAAAAGAAACAAAUUACCAUGUGAAAUUUGCCUCUGUCCAAACAUUUCAUCCGUGUGUGUGUGUGUGUGUGUGUGUGUGUGUGUGUGUGUGUGAAGCCGUCCGUUCUUUUUAUAUGGGGUGGUUGUCUUUUCUUGGUCUGUUCUGGUCCCCUCCCUCGUGGGCUUGUGCUUGGGAUCAACUCUUUCUGGCCUGUUAAUGAUUCUCAACGUUUGACUUGGACCACAAGUGAAUCUUUCUCCUGGUGACUCAAUAAAAGUAUAAUUUUUACCUGUGGA